AUGCCUCCCAAGAAGCCUCCUGCUGGCGGCAUUACUGCGCCAGUGAAAACAGAAGGCCCUGGUGCAGCCCAAAAUGCAGAACAACCAUCCGCAAGCACGCCAGUAUCAAUUUCUUCAACUCCAACCGGCACACCUGCACCGCCAAGCCGUGGUGGUCCAGUGUCGCGACCGUCAUCUUCAGCGCGAGGCAAGCCGGCGAUCGCUCCAAAGCCGAAGUUCGCUGGGAGACGUUCAGCAACGGCUCGAGCAGAAUUAGAGGCAGCCGAAGCAAAGAAGAAGGAAGCUGAAGCCAAAGCUGCUGCUGAGCAGGCCAAGAAGGACGCCAAAGAUGCGCGAAAGUUUGGCUACAGGGGUAAUGAUCGUGGCGGACGAGGAGGAGGGCGUGGUGGCAGAGGGAGAGGAGGACACAUGGGAGAUGCCCAUCGUCAACGGCAUGAGUCGAACGCGACAGGUGUGUUUGGCGGAGGACAGGCAAGUGCCGAGGCCAGGAGUGGAUGGGGAAGUAGGCGCAUUGGAGGAGGUGGUGGUGGAGGCGGUGGGAGAGGCACUCAUACAUCUGGAGGGUCGGGUGGAGGAUCGGGUACUGGUGGAACAUCUCGUCCUUCUUACUCCAGCGGUGGCAUGGGCAUUAAGAACGAACUUGACGUGGAUAUGGGUGGUAUGCGCCCGAUCAAAGUCGAGGAAGGAGGCUAUAUUUCAAGUGACGAGGACGAAGCUGAGGGCCAGGUUGGUCCAAAGCAGGACAUUGAUCAGCUGCAAAUAAUCGACCUGACUGGAGAUGAACCACCGCUUGAAGACCCCUUCGCUCCUGUACGGUUAUCGCGGGUACCUCACAAGGAGCGAGCCAUAGGUCUGACUGUCGAAGAAGACUCGCCUGAGUCAAGUGACGCCCCGGAAGCUGUCUCCGAAAAGAGGAAGGGAAAACAAAAGGCAAAAGAUGUCGAAUUUACGGGUUCCAGCGCCAUACCGAAACGACCCACGACGUACAGCUCCUCGGAAACUGAGGAGAACGAACAUCCUAUCAAGCAGGAAUCUACUGAGGACGAGCGUCAAACGAGACCACGAACGCCAGAUCCUGCGACUGCUGGUACUGGAGCUGAGAUCGUAAGCCCCUCGAGAGACCUUCCAGUCUCACCCGAAAGCAGACGGCGAGCCAAGGCCAGGAUAAAAGCGACAGCAGAUGCUCUCGAUGACGAUCUUUCCGACUUUGAGAUUCCCGAUCCACCUCGCUUUCAGACUCAGGCCGAGAAGGACGAAUGGGAUCGCCAGUACGAUGACCUCCGACAGAUACGCGUCGAGUUUGGCCGCCAAAUACCCAAAGAUGCUGUGCAGCCUGACGCAGAAGGCGACACGGCGAUGGCUGAAGCUAACGCCAAGCUGGAGAAGCUGAAGGUCGCGGAAGAAAGUCGCAACCAAAACGUCUACAUCUUUCAAUUUCCUCCUGUCCUGCCCGAUCUGAUGCCUGUCAGCGUUAAGCCUGAGCCGGGUACUGCGGAGGCAGACGGAGAAGGUGAAGCGAUGGAUGUAGAUCAAACAGCUGAGAAGACCGUGGAGGUCAAUGAUGACGAAUCCAAGAAUACCCAACCCAAGCUACCUUCUGGCAACGUAGGCAAGUUACGAAUACAUAAGUCUGGAAAAGCGACGUUGGACUGGGGCGGGACAAGUCUUAUAUUGGGCAAGGGUGCAGACGCUACCUUCUUGCAAAACGUGCUCAUCGCCAGUGUCCCAGACGGGAAGCCGAAGGAGGGGGAGCCAGCUCCUGAGGAUCAAGAGCCUGCAGUAGGCAUGGGCAUGGGACAGAUCAGAGGCAAAUUUGUCUUUACGCCGAACUGGACCGAGAUCUUGAGAUGA